AUGACUGUUUCAAACCAUUGGCAGUACUCAGAUGAAAUAUUGACCAAUUCGCUUAGGGGACUAGUUAGAACCAACCCGGACUUGAAGUACUUAGCAGCCGAGAGAGUUGUGUAUUCAUCCUCAUCAAGCAAGGAUAAAGUGGCUAUUCUUUCUGGUGGAGGUGCAGGACACGAGCCUUUACAUGCAGGAUUUGUCGGUAAGGGAAUGCUAGAUGUGGCAGUUUCAGGCCAGGUGUUUGCUUCACCUUCAGUUAAGCAGAUCUACAGUGGAUUGAAGGCGAAGAAGUCCAACAAAGGUACAUUGGUUGUGGUGAAGAAUUACACAGGUGAUGUUAUUCAUUUCGGAAUGGCCACCCAAAAAGUCCGGGCUGAAGGUUACAAUGCAAAGCUUUUAGUGGUGCAAGAUGAUGUUGCAGUUCCUCGGAGCAAGAAUGCCAUGGUUGGAAGACGUGCUUUGGCUGGUACGUGUCUUGUUCACAAGGUGAUUGGUGCCAAAGCUGCCCAAGAUGGAGCAAAGGCAACUUUAGAUGAAGUUUACGAUAUUGGCCAGCGUGUCAACCGUAAUCUUGCCACUGUUGGUGCCUCCCUUGAUCAUGUUGUUAUUCCAAAAAUUACCACCGAGGAAAAUUCGACCAACGAGGAUGAAGAUGGAAGUGAUUCAGAUGAAGAGGUGGAAGGACUUAAACCGGACGAGGCGGAAAUAGGUAUGGGUAUUCACAAUGAGCCAGGUAUUAAGCGGAUUUCACCUAUCCCAGAUAUCAACGAUUUGUUAGAUGAAAUGCUGGGAUAUAUCUUCUCGAAGGAGGACAAAGAAAGACAUUAUGUUGAUUUCGACGAUGGCGAUGAAGUUGCAUUGCUUGUGAACAGCUUGGGUGCUACGUCCAAUCUUGAAUUGUUUGCAAUUCAGAACUAUGCCGUUCAACUUUUGCGUAAAAAGUAUGGAAUCGAUCCGGUUAGAUGCUACACAGGAACUUUCACGACAUCUUUGGACGGCCCAGGUUUCAGUAUCACUAUAUUAAACAUCACCAAGGCCGGUGGAAAGGAAAUCAAGAAGUGUCUCGACUAUCCUACUGAUGUCCCAGCUUGGAACUGCCAUGUUUCAUCUGCGACAUGGGAAAAUGCACUAGGUGAUCAGGCUGUGGUUGAGGAACCUGAGGAAAUUGCUCAUCCAAAGUUGCCAACCUCGAACGUUAAGUUCGACUCGAAGCUUUUCCGGGAGAUGCUAACUGAAGGAUCUAAGAGAGCGCUUGAAAAAGAACCUAAGAUCACGCUUUAUGAUACGGUGGCAGGUGAUGGAGAUUGCGGUGAGACUCUUUCUAGAGGAGCAAAUGGAAUAUUGAAAGCUUUCAGGAAGAAUUCUUUGGAGGAGACGGAUGCAGUGAAGUCCCUAUCCCAGCUUACUGACUUGAUCGAGACUAAGAUGGGUGGAACUUCCGGUGGAUUGUACGCUAUUUUUAUUUCUGGUUUAGCCAACAGUUUCAAGAGGCAGGAGGAGCAGAAUGGAAAGGGAUUCAACGUGGGUAUUAAUGCAACAGUCACGGCUUUAAAGGAUGCUCUAGCUACGCUUGAAAACUACACCAGAGCUAGAAAGGGGGACAGAACCAUGAUGGAUGCAUUGAUUCCAUUUAUUGAAAAGCUCGACACGACAAAGGAUGUGAAGAAGGCAGCAUUGGCAGCUCACGAAGGAGCAGAAGCUACCAGAAAGAUGAAUGCCAUGUUUGGAAGAGCUGCCUAUGUGGGAAAAGAAGAAUUUAAACAAUUCGAGGCGGAAGGUGGAUUGCCAGAUCCCGGUGCAAUUGGUUUGGCUGCCAUUUUGAGUGGUUUUGCCGAUGCAUACUCUAAGAAUUAA